CACCAACUACCCACUGGCAGGCCUCGUUACCUUGCACCGAGCCAUCCGACUGGACCUUUGGCGGUUAAGGGCAUGGAAGCGAACGGUACACGAUGCUUCGAGCCGGGUGUUGAGUGCUCGUACAAAAUGCUGCCAGAUGCCGCUAUGUUGGCGUGAUGUUUCGUCCCAUCCAUUCAUUCAUUCUUUCAUUCACUCAUUUUUCUCUUCAUCCAGCUGGCCUGUACACGUAGUCGAUCUCGACGAUCUUUACACCAUUUACUCUCGCUUUCACAAUGAAGUCAUUCGCUGCUAUCGCUUCCUUCGUCGGCCUGGCUGCCGCUGAGAUCCUUUGGGAUGGCCGCUUCAACGAUCUCACGUCGGCCACCGACCUCGACAAAUGGAGCUGGUCCAACCAGGUCGGGCCUUACCAGUACUACAUCCACGGCGACGGCGAGGUCACCGAGUAUGUGAAUCUCGCGGCCGCCAACGCCAAUCCCGCUGAUGGCGGCUCGUCGAAGGGUGCCAAGAUCUCCUUGACGGACACUGCCUACUGGAACGGCCAGACCAUGCGCCGCACCGAGCUGAUCCCCCAGACGAGCGCCGCCAUCGCCGCCGGCAAGGUCUUUUACCACUUCAGCAUCAAGCGCGAGGCUGAGAACGCGCCGUCUCUGGCCCGCGAGCACCAGAUCGCCUUCUUCGAGUCGCACUUCACCGAGCUGAAGAGCGGCCUCAUCUCCGGCGCCAGCGGCACCGAGGACACGAGCCUCCAGUGGUUCGUCGGAGGCACCUCCAAGUGGGAGGUGGAGUGGGAGGCCGGCGUCUGGCACAACAUCGCCUACGAGAUCGACUUCUCCGGCGAGACGGUCGGUCUCUGGCACUCGACUGGCGGCAGUGACCUGAAGCAGGUUGUUGCUCCCAUCACCGCCAGCACGAGCAGCAACGGAGCUGACUGGCACGUCGGUGUCCUGGAGCUCCCCAACGGUGACGCCGACACCAACGAGGACUUUUACUUCUCCGGCGUCUACAUCGAGGACGGCGACAUCACCGCCUCCUUUUCUGGGGGCUCUGCCGGCGGCGAUGACACUUCAGCUAGCUCUUCGGCUGUUGCCUCGGUGGCUACCAGCGCAACAAAGGCCGCGACAACUGCCCCGGUUGCCACUACUAAGGCUGCUGUCGCGACGACCACGAAGGCUGCUAUCGCGACCACUUCGCUUGCGGCUGAUGUCACCACGCUGCUGACCAAGACGACAUCUGCUGCCCCCGAGGUUUCUACUGCCCAGACGACUUCCAUCGCACAGACAUCUUCGGCCGCGCCGGUGAUCCCGGUUGCUGAGACGACCUCUACUCCCGUCGAAGUCGCUCCCACUCAGACAUCUGCAUUGGCCGUGGAGACACCCACGCAGACUUCUCGAUGCAAGCUCACGCGCCGCUCGCGCCACCGUCGCUCGAUUCGCUCUCAGUAGGUGGCUGAUGAGCCACCGUCCCCCGAUGGAUGAUGGGGGUGAAUUAGAACUAGCCAAGACGGGAGGUUACUGCUAUUUCAGCGUACAUAUUUCUACAUCAAAACGUAUAUAGCAUUACCUUAAGUGAAGACGGAAAUAGCAUGAUUCAUUUUAGAAA